UAUCAGUUACAUCAAGGGAGAGGUGAUUGAUGUCCAGGACUUAGACAAUUUUCUGGCAAGCAAAGGGAUUCAACUCACAGAAAGAGAAAUAAAGGAGCUGAUGCCUCAACUGACAUUUAAUGGGAAUGGGAAAAUUAAUGUGAAUUCAAUAAUGGAUGGCCUGAAGAAGCUUAAACACAGAGUCACUGGCCACAUGGCAGUUGCUGACAUUAAAUCAAAACUUAAGCUGAAUCCUCUAACAAAAGUACCCAUUUCCCAUGGCAGGAGGGAUAAAGAUUUACCAGAAAUUUUCCAAAACCAAUUAGAAUGCAAAGAAAAGAAGUUGACCAUGUCACAAAUGGAAGCCUUCCAAAAUGCCUACAACUUCUUUAACAAGGAUAAAACUGGCUGUAUUGAUUUACAUGGAAUGUUGUGCACUUUAGCUAAACUGGGAAUGAAUCUAACCAAGCAUGAUGUCUAUAAUGAAUUAAGAUGUGCUGAUAUUGAUCGAGAUGGAAAAGUGAACUUCUCAGACUUUAUAAAGGUGUUAACAGAUAAGAACCGCUUCCUCAAGGCUGUGGCUUCAGAAAAGGAGACCAGUAGAGAUUUAGCUGGCAGCUCUGGGAUCCUAUUGUUCGAAAUCCUAUCAAAGCUUGUAGAGACUUCAGCCCUACCCAGAAAGGCUAUAAUGGAAAUAGUAAGCUAUUUCCGAAGAAAAUUCCAGGAAACUGCUGCAGGAAUAUUAUGGAAUCCCUAUGCCAUGGGUUAUGGAAAACGGAGAUUCAAACCAGACAUAUGCACGCCUCCAAGUUCAAGCACGGCAGCCUUUGCUAAUGCUUCCCGGGUUGCAAUAAUGAAGGAAAAGGAUUUAUUUAAAUUUCUUGAAGAGCUCAAGAGAUGCAAUCCCCCUUCAGAUAGCCCAUAUUCAAAAAUACCCAUCUUUCCGUUGUUUCCUGAUGUGGAUGGUGUGGUGAUGGGGAAGCCAUUCAGAGAUAUGCAGAAAUUAGAGAUGCUAAGGAGAAAGGAGCCUCUGAAUUUCUUUGAGGACUAUUUUUUCCAUAAAAGAGAGUGGAGAACACAGGCAGCAAAUAUAAAGCCUAUCGACCCUGUCUCAGGCUAUCCAAAUGACAUCUUCGCCAUUGACCAUAUGCUCAAGAGAAAACAGAAUUGGACAGUGACUGAGGCAGCUGCUCUUAAACAACACGUGAAGAGAGCUACAGAUAACUAUAACUUAGGAAUUGCCCUUGAGCAUCGGAAAGAAAUGCUAAACCUCUGGAGGAAGAUCCGAGGGGAUUUGAUUGGAAUAGACACUAAAAAUGAGUCCUUUUAUGACACCUUUUCUACAUAUACAUGGUCCUGGAAUGUUUGCCAAGAAUUACUCUCCCCUAAAGACUUAAGGCUAUAUGAUGCCUGCAUGAAUAGAAAUUUCUUUCACAAUGCAAGAUUCUCUUCCUCUUCAGAUGUCAGUGAAUGUGACACAGAUACAGGAAGAAAAAGAAAAUGGAAAGGUUACAAAAUAUCUCGACAAUGA